CCCGGCUUGGGCCGCGCCUGGUUGUUAUGGGAACACCCGAUUCGCGCAGAGGCCCGCCUUCGGGGUGGGGCCGGCAGUUGGUCCCACCCCUCGGGCAUUCGAUUUCCGCUCGGGGAAAGGCUGCUUCCGGUCCCUGGCGCGUUGGUCGGCAAGAUGGCGGCGCAGCCGCCGCUGAGGGUGUUAGCCCUGGCUGGCUUCCGGCAGAGCGAGCGGGGCUUCCGCGAGAAGACGGGAGCGCUGAGGAAGGCGCUGCGGGGCCGCGCCGAACUCGUGUGCCUCAGCGGCCCGCACCUGGUCGCGGAUGCUGCGGGUCCCGAGGGCGCCGGGCCGGACUCCGAGCCCUGCCUUCCGGAGGAGCAGCCCCGAGGCUGGUGGUUUUCAGAACAGGAGGCAGACGUUUUCAACGCCCUGAGCCAGCCCACAGUAUGCAGAGGCCUGGAGGAAGCCUUGGGAACCGUGGCACAGGCACUGAAGAAACUGGGACCUUUUGAUGGGCUCCUUGGUUUCAGCCAGGGAGCCGCGCUGGUAGCCGUUGUGUGUGCCCUUGGCCAAGCUGGCGAUCCCCGCUUCCCCUUGCCAAGGUUUAUCAUCCUGGUAUCUGGUUUCUGUCCCCGAGGCCUUGGACUCAAGGAACCCAUCCUGCAGUGCCCCUUGUUACUGCCUUCACUACACGUUUUUGGGGAUACUGACUGCGUCAUCCCCUCUCAGGAAAGUAUGCAGCUGGCUAGCCGAUUCACUGGAGCCGUCACCCUCACUCAUUCUGGUGGCCACUUCAUUCCAGCAGCUGCUGCCCAGCGUCAGGCCUACCUCAAGUUCUUGGACCAGUUUGCAGCGUGAAAGAUGAACAAAUGGCUCUGCCCCUACUUCCCCCACCCCCACAUGACCUCGGGGUAGCCUCUGUAAUCCAGUCCUUCCAUCCCUUCCCCCCUCCCUUGGGAGCUUAGCGCCUGUCAGUGUUCCUCAUCACCACCAAUUAAGAGACAAGUAUCAAUUCUGAGACUCAGCUUAUUAUAAGCCCAGCUCUACACUCAAGAAAAAAGGGAUCAGAAGGACUUAGCGGAGCUUGGCAUCUGCCACUCAAACAUGAAAAAGGCCAGUGGACCCCUGGAUAAGUGGAGGGUGACAUGGGAACGUGGGGGCUGAUGCUACUGUGACUGCUGCGUAAUAAAGUGCUGGUGGCAAUUUUGAGCAUCUUUUUCCUCCUACGCGCAGGAAAGCCAUUUUGUGACAGAAGUCCGGAUUCCUGACAUCCACACAGCUUCCAGGGCAGCUCCAAAGAGGGAAGGACGUGUUUCUAGUUACGAACCCCCCAGGAUAAGCUCAUGUGUACCCACAUUUGGUAGAAGUCCCAAGCGGAAGGAAAGGAGGCCUUGGUAGCAGAGUUGGAAGAAUUUUACUUUUGAGAAGUUCUCGGAAGAGAUUGCCAGGCAAGGUGCUCCCUGGGCUCCCCGAGUUAGGCUUCCUCUGAACCCUGAGGGUUGUGUACUGGCCUUCUGUCAAACUCUGGCUUCUUGGGUGCUCUGCUUUUUCCUCCAGAACUGCUUUGGCCCCUCUGAACUAUAAGCUUGGAGGAUGGGUUGGUCCUAGACCUUGGGAAGAGGCCCAAGACCACACAAAAGAAACCCUUUUACAAACCUGCCCUUACCUGCAGUUUCUGGGAUUGAUGCUGCUUUGUAGUGAUCCAGCCAGGGCCUAAGUAGCCCCUCCAGUUUUAGAGAUCAUUCGUUCCCAGACACUCUAAAGACUGCCCACUUUAGCUCCUUGCCCUGCUUCCAGUGCCCCCACCUGUGCCCCAUCCUGCUCUUUGAUUUCAGCCCUGCCUCUGCAGGAUCACGACCUCAUUCCUUUUCUGGAAUAUCCCAGGAGGCCCUGAUCUAGCCCUCAAGCAUGGUUGUUCCCAGGGAGUUUAGGAAUUGAAUAGGAGUAGGGUUAGGGGAUAUAGCACAAAUACCUCCUCCCAUCCUGAGACAGUCAGACUAAUAUACCUUAAAUUACCCCAAAUCCCGAAUUCUUCACUAACGAUAGUAGUUGUCUAAGAAAAAAAAA